AUGUUGAAGCGAAGGUCCAAUUCAUAUGGCAGAGCCAGAGAUAGCUCCAAUACGGCGCCGUCUUCGACGUCAACGGACGAGGAAGUUGCGUGGGAAAUGAGACCCGGAGGAAUGUUGGUUCAGAAAAGAGGUGAGAAAUCGGACGUUCCGGCUCCGAAUUUACGGCUUCGGAUUGCUUUCGGUGCUCUGCGGUACGAGAUCUCGGCAGCUUCUCAAUCCACCUUCGGGGAGUUGAAGAAGGUUCUGACUGCAGAGACAGGGUUACAGCCUGGCGAGCAGAGGCUAUUAUUCAGAGGAAAAGAGCGAGAAAACGGUGAGUAUUUGGACAUGUGCGGGGUCAAAGACCGGUCAAAAGUCAUACUGAUCCAGGACCCAGCGAGCAUCGAGAGAAGGGCCGAUGAGAUGCGUCGAAAUGCUAAGAUCCAGAGCGCACAUCGCGCCAUAUCGGACGUGUCCGUGGAGGUCGAUAAGCUCGCGGAGCAGGUCUCUGCAAUUGAAAAAUCCAUCUCAAAUGGAGUCAAAGUAGCAGAAGUUCAGAUCACAACGCUGAUUGAGAUGCUCAUGAGGCAAGCCAUCAAGCUGGACAACAUUUCUGCGGAAGGAGAUGCUGUUGCUUCAAAAACUUUGCAGGGCAAGAGGGUGCAGAAAUGCGUAGAAAGUUUGGAUGUGAUGAAGAUAUCAAAUGCAAAUGUAAAGCCUGUUGUUGUGACGACCAAGUGGGAGACAUUUGAACCCCCUCCAACCACACCCCAAUGGGAAUUUUUUGAGUGA